AUGGCACAAAUGAUGGGAACACUUGUGCUUCCGCCAUUUGUCGCUGCGGCCAUCGUUGAACACGCAAAGCGACGUCGCAACUCCGCCGGGUAUCUUGUAGGGAGCCGCAGCGGCAAUCAGAUCACCGUCACGGACUACAUCCCUUGCACACAUGAGUCAACGAGCGAUGUUCGCACGCGGGCCUACGCGGAGGAACUCAAAGAGCGUGUUUCGCUGAAGAAGUGCUACACUCCGAGCAUCACACUCGUCGGUUGGUAUGCAGCUGCAACGCCGGAGCCGGGGAAGGAGCGGGCCUUUGAUCUCUGGUGCCAGGCACCCGGCGCGAGUUUUUCAAAAAUCCGCUCGCACAAUCAAGCCGUCAUGUUGCUUGGGCGUAUGCCGACCGCGGCGGACCUCGGCAUCCGCUGGGAGGCGUACAUUACAAGCAACAUGAACGACGGGGACUCCCUUCAGUGUGAGCGGAUGCAGCAACUAACCGUCUCCAUCGAGGCGGAAACGCCUUCGAUGAAUGUGCUUCUGGCCGAGAUGAUUUCGAAGACCCUCUACAACGGCAGCAUGCCGUACCCCACGAACCGCAUCACUAAUCUUGACCGCGUCGCGUUAGAGGCGGAGAGCAGAGAGACGGAGUUUGGCAGAAAAGACAACAGUCGAAACGACGCCGAGCCGCGGCCGGUGGAGGCCGCACUACUCAACGUGCAGAACAAACUCCACCAGGCCAUCUCACACGCCCGCGCCAUCCUCGUGGCGGGAAAUAAAAACAAAAGUGAGAGACAAAAUGAGAGCGCCGCUGUCGUGGAGAACUACGAGACCAUUCUGGCGGAAAAAAGUCAACAGAGUAGCCGCGAUGACUUCAUCACGGAAAGCUAUAAAGAUGCGCUUAUGAUAAAAUACACCGCGGCCCUCCUUCGUCGUCAUGUGAUGGAAAUUGAACGCCAUGGACGUCAGGAAUUGAAGGAAAAGACGCAACACGGCCACGGUCACGGCCAAAACAACACUUCCAGUCCACGUGGUCCACGCAAACUCGGUGCAUUUCGAUAA